AUGGCCGACUCCUCGACCAACCCGCCAGCCCCAGUUUCCCCUUCCAGAUUGGAAACAGCCGCACCUGUAGUGGAAGCGUCCGAUGAGCCCGCUGCACUGGCUGCGAUUGAGGCUGAUGACACAGAUAGUCUCGCUGAUACCACCUCCACCAUAGAUGAACGAAUCUCGACCUACACGGCAUCGCUGAGCUCCAGCGUCGUUGAUUAUCCCACCGAGAACGGUCGGCGGUACCAUGCCUUCCGAGCGGGAAAUUAUUUGGCACCGAACGAUGAGAGCGAAAUGGACCGGUUGGACUUCAACCAUAUGCUGAUCUUGAAGACUAUUGGCAAGGGAGAAAAGUUAUUCUUGGCUCCAGUCCCGCAAGAGACUACCCACCGAAUUCUUGACAUUGGUACAGGGACCGGUAUUUGGGCUAUCGAGGCCGCAGAUCUGUUUCCUAAUGCUGAGGUUGUGGGAAACGAUUUGAGUGCCAUACAGCCAGAGUGGGUUCCACCUAACGUCAAGUUCGAGAUUGACGAUGUCGAGAGCGAAUGGUUGAAUAACGAGAAAUAUGAUUUCAUUCUCAGUCGAUACAUGGCUGGAUCCAUCGCAGACUGGCCGAAGCUGAUAAAAAAUAUCUACGAUAACCUCAACCCCGACGGCUGGGUUGAGUUUCAAGACUAUGAUAUCACGUACCAUACGGAUGACGGUACCUUUACAGACAAGCACAAGACCCACAAGUGGAUAACAACUUUGAUGCAAGCCUGCAGGUUAGUUGGCCGCAACCCGUGCCCUGGGCCUGAAAUUGAGGGCUGGGUCAAGGAAGCUGGUUUUGUCGACGUCGUUCAUCAGAGCUUCAAGAUGCCUUUGGGUCCUUGGGCGAAAGACCCCCACCUCAAGGAUGUUGGUAUGGCGAAUUUGAUCCAAUGCUUGGAUGGACUGGAAGGCUUUAGUCUGAGGGCGUUCACAACCAUCAUGGGAUGGACGAAAGAGGAGGUUCUAGUGCUGCUUGCUGAGGUCCGCCGGGAACUGAAGUCUCAAGCUUUCCAUGCCUACUGCAACAUCCACGUGGUCUACGCGCAGAAGCCCAAGGACGAGGAAGACUAG